UCUUUCCUCGUGUGCUCCUCAUUCUUUGAUUUGGUCCAAGCCUUGUUCUUGGGAAAGCAUAGCUUCCUGAAUCCUGAGACCUUCAGCUUCAAGGCCAAAAUGGGUGAGGCCGAGGAUGGGUUCACCCCACUGUCUCAGUUGAACUUGUCAUCGGAUUACAGGCGCAGAGUCUGGGUGCGCAUCUCACGGGUGUGAGUGUCCUUCGACCCGAACACCGCCACCGUGUUCGGCCUCGACAGCCUUCUCAUCGACAGCGAGGGUGGAACUAUGCAAGCCCAUGUAAAACCCAAAGAUAUAAAGCGUUUCGAAGAGCGGUUAGUUGAAGGGAAGGUCUAUGUACUGUCAAAUUUUGUAGUUUGUCCAAGCAAGGGGAAAUAUAUGACCUGUAGGAACCCCUUCAUGAUGCACAUUGAAGCACAGACGGUGGUCGACGAGAUCGAUGGAGAUGUCAACGCGAUACCUCUCCACUGCUUUGAUUUUGUUGACUUUGUUGAUGUUCCUUCUAGGGACCGCAGCAUUAGCUUAUUGACAGAUGUUAUUGGCCAAGUAGUCGAAGUUUGGGGCAUAGAACGGACACCAAAGAAAUUGCGGAUGAUAGAAUUUUGCAGCUUACGGAUUGAGGAUUUCAGUGGAAAGGAACUGUAUGUCACACUAUAUGGAAAGCUGGGUCAUGAUUUUAAUGCGGAGAUUCGCAAGAAAUGCCGACAAGACCCUGUUGCUGCCGUGUUUGCCGGGAUGCGUGUUUGCCACUACAAGGGAAAAGGAUAUAUAGUUUGCUCUUUAUCAGCUUCAAAGUACUACCUAGAUUUGGAAAUACCAGAGGGACAGCAAUUCCGCGGGAAUUGGUAUCAUCCGAAAAUCCCCAUAAUGCAACUCCAGUCUCAGGCAGAAAGCCCUGUGGAUCCAACUCAGGAGUUACAAAGUAGCUGGAGAACAAUCAAACAGCUGCAAAGCCUCGAUCCAUUCAAGUUAUCGGACAAUAGCCGAUUUUUGUGCAGAGCCACCCUGAAAGAAAUAGACUGCACCAAAGAUUGGUGCUAUCGUGGAUGCUUCCACUGCAGGAAGAAGGUCAGCAGGGACGGAAGUGAAUUCUGGUGCAGCCAAUGUGACCCGGUUAACAAGAAGCGUAAGAGGCCGGUUUUAUGGUACAAGCUAAAUGCAGUGGUGGAGGAUGACACUGGGACCAUGAACUUGGUGAUCUUUGCCGAGGAGGCGCAGGAACUUAUCGGUGUCCCGGAAGAAGAACUUUUCGAAGAGAUCACCGAUGAUGGCAGGUGCACUGUGCCAGCUGCAUUCUCAUAUCUUCGCGGCUCGACCCACACCUUCCAAGUUGCCAUGGACGACUGGAGCUCAAGCUUCGUUGUGAAGUGGAUCUUGAACCACGAUGAGUUGACACUACUGCAGCAUGGUGUCAUCGCCCCUAGUCCAUCAGGCGAGACAGCAGAGACUAGAGGAGCAGAACAGGGCAAGGAACGCACCAGUGGUUGAUGACUAUUCGCAAUUGGGCCUAGGUGUGCGUGUGGGCCGUGGGCCUUGUAGGUGUAAUAGCGUGUGUGGGUGAGCUGCGGCAUAUAUAAGCCGAGCCGUGUAGCCGA